GUUUUGGAGGUUCAUUAUCCAUUUGAAAUCAGAACAAUCAAUCAAUUUUCCAUUUGAGAGAGACAAAAAGGGAAAACAUGGCGACCUUAGUAGGAACGCCAUGGAUGAGGAUUAGGGUUUUUCCAGAAGUUGCAUAUCCAAUUUUUCUCCCAUCUUCCCUCUGUUGCAGACACAGAAAAUUCUCGGACUUUGUUAGGACGACGACGACGAGGAGUUUCUCGGUCUUGGCUUCUUCCAUUACUGAUCAUUCAAAGAAGGUUGAAGAACCAGUACGUGUUCGUUUUGCUCCUUCUCCCACUGGGAAUCUGCAUGUUGGUGGAGCGAGGACUGCACUCUUCAAUUAUCUCUUUGCUAGGUCCAAAGGAGGGAAAUUUGUUCUGAGGAUUGAAGAUACUGAUUUGGAGAGGUCUACUAAGGAAUCUGAAGAAGCCUUGUUGCAAGAUCUGUCUUGGCUUGGUCUUGAUUGGGAUGAAGGACCUGGCGUUGGUGGAGAAUAUGGUCCAUAUAGGCAAUCAGAAAGAAAUUCUUUGUACAAGCGACAUGCUGAGAAGCUUUUGGAACUUGAUCAUGUUUAUCGCUGCUUUUGCACCAAUGAGGAGCUAGAGAAAAUGAAGGAGAUUGCAAAACUAAAACAACUGCCUCCAGUAUACACUGGAAAGUGGGCCAGUGCAACAGAUGAAGAAGUACAAGAAGAGUUGGCAAAGGGAACCCCUUACACGUAUAGGUUUCGUGUACCAAAAGAAGGGAGUUUGAAAAUUAAUGACCUUAUCCGCGGUGAGGUCAGUUGGAACUUGGACACACUUGGAGACUUUGUCAUUAUGAGGAGCAAUGGACAACCUGUAUACAAUUUUUGUGUCACAGUAGAUGAUGCCACUAUGGCUAUUUCACAUGUAAUAAGAGCUGAGGAACAUUUACCAAAUACUCUAAGGCAAGCAUUGAUAUAUAAGGCUUUAGGAUUUCCAAUGCCUUACUUUGCCCAUGUUUCCUUAAUUCUUGCACCAGAUCGAAGUAAACUUUCAAAACGGCAUGGAGCGACUUCAGUGGGGCAGUUUAGGGAGAUGGGGUAUCUACCACAGGCAAUGGUGAACUACCUGGCACUAUUAGGGUGGGGCGAUGGCACUGAAAAUGAAUUUUUCACUCUUGAGCAACUUGUUGAAAAGUUCUCAAUUGGUCGUGUUAAUAAAAGUGGUGCUAUUUUUGAUUCUACCAAGUUAAGGUGGAUGAAUGGUCAACACUUAAGAGUAAUUCCCUCCGAGGAGUUGACAAAGCUUAUUGGUGAGCAAUGGAAAAGGACCGGCAUUCUCACUGAGUCAGAGGGGCCAUUUAUUGAUGAGGCAGUUCAGCUGCUCAAGGAUGGGAUUGACUUAAUACCAGAUUCAGAUAAAGCGCUAUCAAACUUGCUCUCUUAUCCUUUACAUGCCACUUUAACCAGUCCUGAAGCCAAACCUGUAUUGGAAGACAAACUUUCUGAAUUUUCAGCCAGCCUUAUAUCUGCUUAUGACAAUGGUGAACUUCUUAGUGCACUUGAAGAAGGUCAUGCUGGUUGGCAAAAGUGGGUAAAGAGCUUUGGAAAAUCACUGAAGCGCAAGGGGAAGUCACUUUUCAUGCCGCUCCGAGUACUACUAACAGGAAAACUCCAUGGCCCAGAUAUGGGAGCUAGUGUGGAUUUAAUUCAUAAAGCUGGAAUAUAUGGAGUUGUUGCUCCGCAAGCUGGGUUCGUGACAUUGAACGAAAGGUUCAAAAUGCUGAGGCAAGUAGACUGGGAAGCAUUGAUCAAGGAUCAGCAUGUUGCGGAGGCUGCUGCCACUGUAUCAAAUUGAGAACUCACAAUUUUGACCACCUAUUUAAUUUUAGGGAUUUUUAUUCUAUUUUCUUCCUCCUUACUUUUGCGCCUUCUGGUAACAUUUUUUUAGGUAAUGAUGUGUAUGUUCCUCCUUUUCGAACUUGUUAUUGCCAUGAGAAUUGAACAUUUUAUUAUGAAACUACGACUCGUGAAGCUUAAUAUGAAAUAAACCAUUGUUGCGA